AUGUCUACCGAUCACUCUACCCCCACCGCCCUGCAUUCCGAGGUCUCCCAGGGGCAUGACAUCGUUGCGCCCCCAUCAAUCCCUGGAAUCCCUCGAAGGUCAUAUCCCAGUGUGCCGUCACAUCGUCGAGCAAACACUGAGUAUAUCGCUCGUCCCCCUAUUUUCGAGGAAGACGAGGACUUGAAACGAGUUCAAAACAACACGGCCCCAUCGUGGACCGGUACAUUCCCCAAAAAGAAGCUCGAGGCACGAGCCCGUAUAUUAUCAGAUUGGUUCCAAGGAAAAUCAGAACCGGUUGACUUGGGAAUCAAGAUGCCCCCUAACGGCGAAUCCGACGUGGCGUCCAUGGAUACUCCACGACUUACCACCAUGCAGAACAAAAACCCGUACCCCCCAGCGCCCGCAGAUGACGAGUUCCUAAACCUCGAUAUUGCUGCAGCACUAUAUACCCCGGCCGAUGCCACUCAUGACGAAGCCCUCGAUUUCAUCCGCGAACAAGCCAGCGAUGUACUGCAACGUAUGCAGGAGGCUUAUAAACAAAGGACUUUUAUCAUGCACCAAGCCCUGGCCGACCGAAACGAGAGACUGGAGGAGCUGGGGGAGACUCGGGCGCGGGUGGAUCAUCUGAAGUCGCAACUCGACGGUAUGGCUGAAAAGGUUCUCAGCCAAGAAAAAGCCAUGCAGGCCAUGGCAGCGGAGUUGGAACAGGAACGCCGUAUGCGCCAACGGGAAGAGAACCGGAGUCGUAGUCGUACGAUGCGUAUGGUUCCUGCCGAAGAUGAAAUCCCAUCUCUGGCAUUGCAAACACCUCACCGGGGAGCUAAACGUGCUAGUCACGGUACAUUCACCAGUGAUUCCGGCUUCGAGUCUGGAGAUGAGAGCAUCGCCGAAAGUGUCUUUUCCCACCGGGAAGGCGUUGAGUCACCAACCUCCACAUUGACUGCACCAUCACCAAACCUGUCCCAGGUUGCCUUGGCUGCCCCGACCGUUAAUCCUACCCUUACCCCCACCAUUCAAAAGAACCUCAUUGCGGCCACCGGUACACCGACGCCGAAGGGUCCCUCUGCCUACGACCGAGUCAUGAAGGGAAUUGCCUCUACACGUCUGGGUAGCUCAUUUGUCGGGAAUCCCAAUCUCAACUCCAACCAGUGUAACAACUGCCACGGCAUCCCAUCCCAUGAAGCCUGGAGUGUCAUGGGUGUCUUGAAGGAUGAGAAUCGUGGCCUCAAGACCCGUGUUGGAGAGCUUGAGCUUGUCAUUGAUGACUGUCUUGGUCUUGUUGGCCCUUGA